UUAAGGCGGGGGGCCGGGUGCGGUGCCCGCCCGGCGGAGCGCAGCCCGCGGAGCGCAUGGAGCGGCCGUGGGUGCCCCUGGCCCUGCUGGGGCUGUGCUGGGUGCUGAGCGGGGCGGCGGCCGAGCGCCACACCGUUUUCUGGAACAGCUCCAACCUCCGGCUGACGUGGAGUGACUACGCGGUGGAGGUGCGUCUCAACGACUACCUGGACAUCAUCUGCCCGCACUACGAGGAGGGCAGCGUGGACCCCCGCGCCAUGGAGCGCUACACGCUCUACCUGGUGGAGCACGAGGAGUACCAGGCCUGCAAACCCAGCUCCAAGGAGCAGAUCCGCUGGGAGUGCAACAAGCCCAGCGCCCUCCACGGCCCCGAGAAGUUCUCCGAGAAGUUCCAGCGCUUCACCCCUUUCACGCUGGGAAAGGAGUUCAAGGAGGGGCACAGCUACUAUUAUAUCUCCAAGCCCAUUCACCACCACGGGGACGCGUGCCUGAAGCUGAAGGUGGUGGUCGCUGGCAAAGGGGCUCAGACGCUGCCUGUCCCCACCCAGAAGGGCCGGAUCCAGGCAGACGACGCGGCCGCGCACGUUCUGAGGAGCGUGGGGCAGAACUCGGCGAUACGGGGCAGCAGCCCCUUCACCUUCGUCAGCCUCCUCGUGCCCCUGCUGGUGCCACAGGGGCUGUGACCUGGGGACCGGGGCUGGGGACACAACCGGGAUGCUCGGGGACCCCGCGGUCCUUGUGCAGACCCCGGGGCGGCCCACCCUGCGUCCGGGCGAGGAAAGGAUUUGUCAGUAUUAAGGGCUGGAAGCGCCCGAAGCUGAGCAGCCAAAGCCCUCGGUGGUGGCCCCGGUGUUCACGGUGUCGGUAGCCAGAGGAUGAGCACGGAGCCGGGGCUGGAGGGGAGCGCGAGCCGGGGGCUCUGCGCACCCUGGACUGGAGGGGAACGGGGGGCUGGCACCCCCGCCCCAGGAGCUGAGCCCGCCCGGGGGGGCUCUCUGUGCCGCGGGCUCGGAUGGGACGUGUCCCGCGGGCAGGGACGCGGUGCUGCAGUCCCUCUGCGUCACCUGCGUGUGAUUGAGAUGCCCAGCAGCGGCUGUAGGAAACGUUCCCCCCAUGUUCCACAUCUUCAUCCCACCCUGGACCCCCCCCCCCCCCCACCCCUCUGCUGGGUGCCAGAGGGGUGUUCCCCACCCCCAGCACGCUGUGUGUGGGGGGUGUUGUGUGCCCCCAUUUGUACAGCUUUCUAACACAGGAGUUUUUAUACAAUUGUCUUGAAUAAAUAACCAAGACCA